AUGUAUGGUGGAGAAGAAGCAACUGACUUCUACAGAAGAGGAGAUGUUCAAUUCCCAAUAUAUCAUAUCAACAACAUCCCUCAACCUUGUGUACAUCAACAGCAGAUUCCAAACACUAAUCUCACGACACAACUCGUGUCACCUCUCGGAAAUCAUCAUCUCUGUGAUGGAGUCUCUGUCGCAGUUUCGAGUAAAAACCUAGUGAUGACUCAUCACCAUUAUCAGACUUCAGAGGUGGCAUGUAUCGAGAACACUGAAGAAAGUUUUGGUUAUAACAGCUUUGAGAUGCAUAAUGAGGACGAGGCUACAGUUGGAAACUUGACUCGCUUGGUCAUGCAUAACUCACAAGAGGCAGGUUUGUUCCAAUUCCAUGAGCCGGUUAUGGCAACCACUACGAUGAUUCCUAAUCAUCAUCAUUCCUCUGCUUCACUCGAGGCGAAUCAACAACAGAUGAUGAACGGUCAUGUAACUGAGCCACCUAUGAUGCAUCUACAUUCAGUUCCUUCUUCUUACACACAUAGUUCUUUUCUUGAUCAGCAGGAAAUUAACGAUGGCAGAUGA